AUGGCUAGCGAACCCUACGUGGAGAUCUUCAUCGACACACUCAGUUUCCUGUCGCUUGAGGACGCAUCUUCGAAUCUUCAUGUCGAACUUGUUCGAAGAGACGAGGGAACUGCCACUGAUGCCGAAGCACUGGAAUCAGCCAUGCGCGCAACUGUCAAGCGAUACUGGAAGAAUGGCGUAACCCUGGAUUUGGACUCUUGUCGUUUGAAAGUGAACGCCUACGUCCCACAGACGAAGGCCGGUGCUGUGGAUCCAACGGCCAAGUUCAAGGAAGUCGUAGCUGGACUUCAAGACUGUAAAAUCGUGUCCGUAGAUGGACGCGCAGGUCUAGUUCGAGCUCGCGACGCUUUACGCAGAGAGAUUGGCUACAUCAGUCGAUGA